GUGCGUGCUGGUCUUGCUGGUCUUCCAUGUUUUAAUCUAAUCUAUUCAUUCCACACAAAAGCUCGUAACUCAGUCAAACUGCAACAUACGUCUCUGAGACUAAAGCUCACACGCACUUCCUCACGCGCUUUUCUUUGAUGCAAGAAAUCAUCUUUCUUUUUCCGGUUUAAACUUCGUUCCUCUGUUUCUUUCUCACUCUCUCUCUCCAAGUUGAGUUUUCAUUUGGAUGGGAAAAUGUCAGGGUCUCGUGGCAUAUUAGGCAGGUUUAGGGGGUGAGAAAAAAAAGUACAUUUUUUUCUCUCCUUUUCAGUGUUGUGUUUUUCCAAACAUGUGGAGCUCGGUUAUGGUGAUUUUUCUUCUGCAUAGGUUGUGCUGAUCUACAGUGUUGAUUUGAAGGUUUACAUUACCUGAAAAGGUUUGAUUCUAUCCUGGUUCAGCAUAUAUGGCCUCAACUAUUGGUAAACCGGGUGAUGAUUCCACGAUUGUUGAAAAGCUCCCGGAUGAGAUUAAUGAAAUGAAGAUCAAGGAUGAAAAGGAAAUGGAUACUGCAAUGGUGGAUGGAAAUGGAACUGAAACUGGCCGUAUUAUUGUGACCACUAUUGGUGGUCGACAAGGUCAACCUAAACAGACUAUAAGUUACAUGGCAGAACGUAUUGUCGGACAAGGCUCAUUUGGUAUUGUGUUUCAGGCUAAAUGUCUUGAAACUGGAGAAACUGUAGCAAUCAAGAAAGUUUUGCAGGAUAAAAGAUACAAGAAUCGCGAAUUGCAAACAAUGCGCCUUCUUGAUCAUCCCAAUGUUGUAUCACUAAAACAUUGCUUCUUUUCUACCACAGAUAAAGAUGAACUCUAUCUCAAUUUGGUACUUGAAUAUGUACCUGAGACUGUAUAUCGUGUGGUGAAGCACUAUAGCAAGGCAAAUCAGCGGAUGCCCCUAAUAUAUGUUAAACUUUACACAUAUCAGAUUUGUAGAGCCUUGGCUUAUAUUCAUGGAUGUGUUGGAGUGUGCCACAGGGACAUUAAGCCACAGAAUCUGCUGGUAAAUCCUCAUACACAUCAGGUCAAACUUUGUGAUUUUGGGAGUGCAAAAGUUCUGAUCAAGGGUGAACCUAACAUAUCGUAUAUCUGCUCCCGAUACUAUCGAGCUCCUGAACUCAUAUUUGGAGCCACUGAGUAUACUACUGCAAUUGAUAUGUGGUCUGUUGGUUGUGUGCUGGCUGAGCUGCUCCUGGGGCAGCCUCUGUUUCCAGGAGAUAGUGGAGUUGAUCAACUUGUUGAAAUUAUCAAGGUACUCGGGACUCCAACUCGUGAGGAAAUAAAAUGCAUGAAUCCAAAUUACACAGAGUUCAAGUUCCCUCAAAUCAAGGCUCACCCCUGGCAUAAGAUAUUCCACAAGCGUAUGCCCCCAGAAGCAGUAGAUCUUGUUUCAAGGCUUCUCCAGUAUUCUCCAAAUUUACGAAGUACUGCUUUGGAUGCAUGUGUUCACCCAUUUUUUGAUGAACUCCGCGACCAUAAUACCCGUCUCCCUAAUGGGCGCCCUAUGCCACCCCUCUUUAAUUUCAAACCUCAAGAGCUCAAGGGAGUGACUUUGGAGCUGCUAUGCAAACUUGUUCCAGAACAUGCUCGGAAACAGUGUCCAUCCCUUAAUUUCUAGACAGCUAACAUAACCUUUGAAUCUGGAUUUUACUAUUAUGUGGUUCUUCUGUGAUAUUUUGUCAUGCUUGUGUUUCAUGUUUUCUUUAUAAAUUGAAAAGAAAUUGCAUUUUUAAUCUUUACAGUUAGAUACUUGGCUGACUAUUGCAUUUUCUUAUCAUUCCCUAUUGUCUGUGAAGACAUUUGCUGUGUAUCGUUUGUGGUCUUUAGUUAUAGCACUUGUGCUAUUCAUAAUCUGACGAUGUUAGUUGGUUCAGAAAAGGAAGAAUGUUUAGUUCUAAUGAAGCAGUCGCUUGAAGGAA